AUGACUGACUUGAAGCCAUCACCCGAAGAAGUUGCUCAGACGCUGAUGCAAGAUGUCCAAAUCUUAAUGAACUACUAUCGCACAAAUGAAUAUCCCCCGCCGUCAUUUGAGAAUGGUUCACCGGCUCAUGCUGUGCCGGAGAACGCACCCCGUCAUGUCAAGAUCGCUCGGGAUGCUGCGAUGAAUUCUGCUCUCAAGAUCUUUGACCUGUUUGCAGGCCCCUCUCAAUUUUUGUCGAACCUAACUGUAUCUUAUCAAUCCCUUGCAUGCCUCCGAUGGCUGUGUCAUUUUAAUAUCCUCAAGCUUGUACCGCUGCAGGGUGAUAUCACUUUUGAUGCACUAGCAGCUGCAGCUAAUGUUCCAAAAAACACACUCAAAAGCAUAGCGCGAAUGGCGAUGACGGCGCGGUUAUUCUAUGAGCCCACCCCUGACCGCAUCGCUCAUACGGCAACCUCGGCGUGGCUGGCAACAAAUCAGCCACUCCAUGAUUGGGCAUUGUACAUUUGCAAGGAGGCCGUAGCUGUUGCAUUAAAUAUGGUUGAGGCGACGGAGAAAUGGCCUAGUAGCACUGAAACAAACCAAACAGCAUUCAACAUCGCCUUGCAGACAGAUCUACCAUUUUUCGCCCAUCUGAAAACCCGCCCAGAACAUCUGCGCUUGUACUCGGAGUAUCAAAAAGCGGUUGCUAGCACCGAAGGUCUUGAUUUACAGCAUCUUGUGCACGGGUAUGACUGGCAGGCGCUCGGAAAAGCGCAGAUAGUCGACGUUGGUGGAUCUAUUGGUCUUGCAUCUGUCGCCCUCGCAACGGCAUAUCCCGACCUCAGCUUUGUCGUGCAGGAACUCCCCGACGUUGUCAAGCAGGGGAAAGAAUACAUAUCCAACUUAAAAGACGAAAGCAUCGCUUCGCGGAUCACAUAUGCAACACACAAUUUCUUUGAUGAUCAACCGAUCAUUGGUGCCGAGGUCUAUUUGCUGCGAAUGAUCCUGCAUUACUGGUCAAUAGAAGAGUCGGCGAAAAUAUUACGAAAACUAGUCAGUGUCCUCAAGCCCAACAGCAGUCGGAUUCUCGUCAUGGACACUGUCCUCCCGUCCCCAGGAUCAGUUACAACUGUCACAGAGCGUCAGCUCCGUACCCGUGACUUGGCCAUGCUGCAGAUUCACAAUAGCGGCGAGCGCAAUAUAGAGGAUUGGGAGGCUAUCUAUAAGGAGGCAGAUCCUCGGCUUAGGGUGAAGCGUGUGCAUUUGCCGUUUGGCAGUCAGAUGUCUGUGAUGGAAUUAGUCCUAGAUGUCUAAACAACUCGAGGAACACAAUGAUUUGUUUUUG